AUGACGACAAGCACACGCAAUGCAGCGGCAGCGAUCCGGCGCUUGACCAUCGAGUACAAGCAGCUGACGACAGAUCCAAAUACGCUCUUUCCAGCGGUCGGCCCUAUCUCGGAAGACAACUACCUCGAGUGGGAGGCGCUGUUGCCUGGCCCCGACGAUACGCCCUUCGAAGGCGGCGUAUUCAGCGCGCGCCUGUCGUUCCCGCCCACAUACCCGCUCGAGCCGCCGACGAUGCGCUUCGAUCCGCCGAUUUUCCAUCCGAAUGUGUACCCUGAUGGCCUCGUGUGCAUUAGCAUUCUGCAUGCCGCUGGCGAUGACCCGAACAUGUAUGAAUCAUCCGCCGAGCGGUGGUCACCCGUGCAAUCCAUCGAAAAGAUCUUGCUGUCCGUGUUGAGCAUGCUGUCCGAGCCCAACAUCGAGAGUGGCGCCAACAUUGACGCCAGCAAAAUGUACCGCGAUGACCGCGCGAAGUACGAAGAAACCAUCCGCAAGCAGGUGCGAGAGCAAUUGGGCCUGUAG